UGCCAUGGAACGAAGAGUCCGUAGAGUAGCGAAUUGAUAUUUGGUGGAAAUCUUCUCACUCCGGUCGAUAUAGCGUGCUAAUAAUUUCAAUUAUUUAAAUUAAGAACCGCAAAACAACAUGGAUGAUCAUGAAUUAAAUCCGUUCGGUUUUCAUGAGCCUUCUUUCCGUAAGGUUAAAAGUGGGAAAAUAAUCAACACUGAGGAUUCCUCCAGUGGGAUCUCCAAGAAAGUAAAAUUCGAGAGUAAUUACUACUUGCGGAGUCCUAGCCCUAGGAUUCGGCUGGGGACGCCCUGGCCCUCGGAUCCAGGGUUCAGCAGCCUGAAGAGGAAGAGAGAAGGAGAACACAGCAGCAACAGCGUAAAGAUCCUGGAGGAUCUCUACACCCCUUCGUUGUCCAAGCGCGUGGCCAGGAGCGGAACAACCACCUCUUCCACCCAGUCCAUUGCGUACUCCGGUUGUACCGCAGAUAGAAAAUCCGUAGGCGAUUGCGAAUACCAGCUGGGGCAGAAUGGGAUCCUCUGCUCUGCCUCCAACAGCUACGAGGUGCUGCACUUCCUUGGUUGUGGAAGUUUUGGCCAUGUGGCCAAAUGCUCCAAGAAGGACACCAAUGAAAUGGUUGCCAUCAGAUCCUGAAAAACCAUCCGUUCUUUUCUCGACUGGGUCAGAUCAAGAUGGGAAAGUUUUGCUUACUUUUUUGGAGCUUUUGAUUUGGAAUCAGCUGUAGCCCUGAUUCUGUCAUUGUUUAAGAUUUUACAACAUGCGAUCUGUUGGUAUCAGAUGUGCUAACUCACACUGGAAUUUGUAUACAGCCAGGGUAGCACAAAAACACUUGUGUUUGGUAUCAGCACACUAGUCCUAAUUUUCAAAGCAUCAGUAGGAACUAGUUCAGAUAACGCACGGACAGCUUGAAGCUUAGUAUAAAAGAAAGCUUAUCUACAAUUGCAUAAGUCAUGCCUGCUUGAAUGUGUAUUUAAAAAAAACGCGCAGAAAAAUUAAAUCUGUCUUUCCUCAUUUGCUCCUCCUCAGGUGAGCAUCCUGAGACAGCUGAGCAGGGAGAACGCAUACGAGUUCAAUUUCGUACGCGCGUGAGUGCUUCCAGCACAAGAAGCACAUGUGCCUGGUGUUCAAGAUGCUGGGGCAGAACCUCUACGACUUCCUGAAGGGCAGCAUGUUCA